UUCUCAUCUUCCUCGAUCGGUUCCUCACUCUCACUCUAGGGUCUAGACAGACAGACACACACUUCUGACUUCUGAGUAAAAAAAAAAACUACUUUUAAAACAGCAGACAAUGACUUCACACCAUGCCCAUGACCAUGCCCAUGCCCAUGACCAUCAUCAUCACGACCAUGAUCAUCAACACCACCAUCAUGAUCAUGACCAUGAUCAUACUCAUGGGGAUUCAACAACAAAGUCAUGGGUGGGCCCUGAUGGGAAGGUGUACCACAGCCAUGAUGGACUGGCACCACACUCACAUGAACCCAUAUACUCCCCAGGCUACUUCAGCAGAAGAGCUCCACCACUUCUCACCAGGGAUUUCAAUGAAAGAGCUUUCACUGUUGGCAUUGGUGGCCCUGUUGGUACUGGGAAAACAGCUUUAAUGCUGGCUCUCUGUAAAUUCUUGCGGGACAAGUACAGUCUUGCUGCAGUGACAAAUGAUAUAUUCACAAAAGAGGAUGGUGAGUUCUUGGUGAAAAAUGGAGCACUUCCUGAGGAAAGGAUUCGUGCUGUAGAAACUGGCGGCUGCCCACAUGCUGCAAUUCGUGAAGACAUUAGCAUUAACCUUGGUCCUCUCGAGGAGCUUUCUAACUUAUUCAAAGCAGACAUACUUCUUUGUGAAUCAGGGGGAGAUAAUUUAGCUGCCAACUUCAGCAGAGAACUGGCUGACUAUAUCAUUUAUAUAAUAGAUGUCUCUGGUGGUGAUAAAAUUCCUCGCAAAGGUGGUCCUGGAAUUACCCAAGCCGAUCUCCUAGUAAUAAACAAGACUGACCUUGCACCAGCAGUUGGAGCUGAUUUGACUGUUAUGGAGCGUGAUGCACUUCGAAUGCGUGAUGGAGGGCCAUUUGUCUUUGCUCAGGUGAAACAUGGGGUUGGUGUAGAGGAAAUCGUGAACCACGUAUUACAGGCUUGGGAGCUAGCGACUGGGAAGAAACGUCAUUGAAUUGUCUUUCACCUUGUAUUUUGUAUCUUAUGUCACUCUUGUAUUGGAUAGUUAUUUAAAUAUCUGUGCCUUCAUUUUUGCAAUAAUUUUGACUUUGUUUUCAUGCAUUCUUCAAAUUUGGGUACCCAAGUACUAGUUUGAAUUCAGUUGUACUGAUCAAUAUCUUUGUCUUGGAUGUUAUUACAAAGAGGUCUGUUGUUUGGAGAA